AUUGUGAAAAGGCUGACUUGGUGAAGCUUGAAACAGUGAACAUUAUCCCCUAGAAUCGGUCUAUACGCAAAUUUAACAAUUCCAAUUGUCUCAGAUGGGCUCUCAGAUCCUCCAAAUCUCUCCCGGUUCAUAUUUUACAACCCUAAUUUUCAAUCACAACCCUCUCUCUCGAUCACUACUAGCCGGUAAAAUCCACAACACCCAACUCACACGUUGUUCUUCAAAACCCACAAUCAACCCCACGGUUUCUCCAUCUAGGGUUAGUAGUGCGGUAGUUCAUCGGAGCAAGAGAAGCUUCAGAGGCAGUAGCGUCGUAGCCAUGGCAACACCUGGUUCGGCUCGGAAAUCAGAGGAAGAGUGGCAGGCAAUUCUUUCACCUGAGCAAUUUCGGAUUCUGAGGCAGAAAGGAACAGAGUAUCCAGGUACUGGGGUAUAUGACAAGUUCUUUGGCGAGGGAGUGUAUACCUGCGCUGGAUGUGGAACUCCUCUCUACAGGUCCACAACUAAAUUUAACUCGGGUUGUGGUUGGCCGGCUUUCUAUGAGGGUCUCCCUGGAGCCAUAAAUUGCAAUCCGGACCCAGAUGGAAUGAGAACUGAGAUUACAUGUGCAGCUUGCGGUGGACAUCUCGGCCAUGUAUUUAAAGGCGAAGGCUUCCGAACACCAACAGAUGAACGCCACUGUGUCAAUAGUAUUUCACUCAAGUUCAUUCCUGCAAAUUCUUAUUCUUCUAUGUGAAAAGGCUUCUAAUAAAGUGUCUUUGUUCAAGAUUAUAUGGUCUGUAUCUCAAACUUUGUAAUUAUGUUGUUUUGUGCCAAUAAAUACUGAUCUUCUUCGCUCUGUGAGCGAAGUCUUUGGUGUGAUUAUACUUUUGGUCAAUUAUGCAUUUUAACAUUCUUUU